AGCCUCCCGUGAGAACUUUAAUACUGUAUUUAUAUAGACUCCUGCCUUUAAGGUGGAGAAAAGACCGUUUGUACCUUUAAGCUUCCAAGUUUGCAACGGGUUUAUAUCAGGUGGCUUGGUGCUGAAUCUGAUAAAAAGGCUACGUUGGACUGGACCAGCCCGUUGCCGAGUUGGUGAGUCUCUCUUCCAUGUAUGGAAGGCAUUGCAUGAUCAUCGUCGACCGGAGGGGGUGGGGGACUAUUACAGACUGAAGUAGUGUGGGGGAUCUGACAAGCUCUUCUCAUCGCAGACUGGAGAUAAGGACACCACCCUCUCUAUCAUAAUAAACACAUGCUGUCGGCAUCCUUGAAAAUUAGUCGGCGAAUUGAAACACUUGGGAAACCAAACAAAGGAAAGCUCCAGCAGAAAUAUACCAUCUGAGAUAUGUUUCAAAGUAGCCCCGAUGGCGUCUGAUCAGAUUAGCUAGCUAGCUUUUAUCUUGGUGAAAAAGUCACUGUACAAGUCGCUGUUGACUUUGUUUCACUGUAUCUCUCGCGUCAGUCGCUGCCUGGACCGGGUUUAAAUUUUGUGUACUGGGAAUUCCGGCGAACCAUGGAUACUUACAGGAUAUCCGUCAGCUUGGUUUUACUCCUUUCAUCGCUGAACAGCUUUUCUUCAGAGCAGUUUCCGAAUCAAGUCAUAAUCAAGGAGUGGGUCUUGCAGAUGCAGCAGGACCUGGUAAACCUGGUGGAAACAGCGAGCGGGGUAACAAGCCUCCCUAAGAUCUUCUUAAAUAAUAGGAAGUACUUCAGCGUGGAACCAAACAAUGCAGCCCAGCUUGUGCACAGUGCAUCCAGCAACAUUGAGAAGCUCCUGUUGAAGAGAGCAAAGGCUCUGGAGACUCUGGCAACAGCAGCAGAGGACUUCCAGAUGGGGCACCAGUGGAAAAACGAGUUUGCGGAUGAUGAAAUUGUGUAUUACAACUCAAAGGACAAGCUCAAUGAAACAGAUGGCCGGAAGAACCGGAUCACUCCAUUUUUUAAGGAGGACCCAGCCUUUAGGCGCCAAAUAUCAUACAACCACACAGCCGUCCACAUCCCCACAGACAUCUACGAGGGCUCCACAAUCAUUCUGAACGAGCUGAACUGGACUGAAGCACUAGAAGAUGUCUUUCAGAAGAACCGGGAAGAGGACCCCACACUACUCUGGCAGGUGUUUGGCAGUGCCACCGGACUGGCACGCUACUACCCAGCUUCUCCUUGGAUGGAUUCAACAAAGAUGCCCAGCAAAAUUGAUUUGUACGACGUUCGCCGGCGACCGUGGUAUAUACAAGGUGCUGCUUCACCAAAGGACAUGCUGAUACUUGUGGAUGCGAGUGGCAGUGUCUCUGGCCUGACACUGAAACUGAUCCGCACCUCUGUUAAUGAGAUGUUGGAGACCUUGUCCGAUGAUGACUAUGUGAACGUGGUUUAUUUCAACAUGGAUGUGAACAAUACCGACUGCUUUGAUCAUCUAGUGCAGGCGAACGUCCGCAACAAGAAGAAACUCAAGGAUGCGGUUCAGAAGAUCUCAGCCAAGGGCAUCACAAACUACAAAAGGGGCUUUGAAUUUGCCUUCGAGCAGCUUUUGUUCUCCAAUGUGACCCGUGCCAACUGCAACAAGAUCAUCAUGCUGUUCACUGAUGGGGGGGAGGAGAGAGCACAGGAGAUCUUCGAAAAGUACAACUCGGGAAAGGAGGUGCGCAUAUUUACCUUCUCUGUUGGCCAGCACAACUAUGACAAAGGGCCGAUACAAUGGAUGGCUUGUAACAACAAAGGAUAUUAUUAUGAGAUUCCAUCUAUUGGAGCCAUUAGGAUCAACACACAGGAGUACUUGGAUGUUCUAGGAAGGCCAAUGGUCCUAGCAGACAAGAAGGCCAAGCAGGUCCAAUGGACAAAUGUCUACCUAGAUGCACUGGAACUGGGCCUUGUUAUUACAGGGACGCUGCCAGUUUUCAACAAGACGCUCUCUAAAGAUGAAAAAGACGGAACUCUAAAAAAGAAUCAAUUGACCCUGGGAGUGAUGGGCGUCGAUGUAUCCCUGGAUGACAUUAAAAGGCUAACUCCACGUUUCACUAUCGGCCCCAAUGGAUAUUAUUUCGCAAUCAACCCCAACGGCUAUGUGCUGCUUCAUCCCAACCUGCAACCAAAGAAUCCUAAAUUCCAGGAGCCUGUUACCCUGGAUUUCCUGGAUGCGGAGCUGGAGAACGAAAUCAAAGUGGAGAUCAGAAGAAAUAUGAUUGAUGGAAAGACAGGAAAUAGAACAAUAAACACUCUAGUCAAAUCUCAGGAUGAGAGGUACAUCGACAGAGGCGUCCGGACCUACACUUGGGCUCCUGUCAAUGGCACAGACUACAGCUUGGCGCUGGUAUUGCCUGAGUACAGUUUGCACUAUAUUCAAGCAAGAAUAGGAGAUACGAUAACACAGGCAAAAUGUGAGUAUUUUUCUGAGACCAUGCAGCUGGAGAACUUUGAAGAGUAUGGAUAUACAUUCAUUGCACCAAGGGAGUACUGCGUAGACCUGAAGGUAUCGGAAAACAACACUGAGUUCCUGAUGGACUUCAACGAGUACAUUGACAGGAAAACUCCCAACAACCCCACGUGUAAUGUUUCUCUUGUCAACAGACUGUUGCUGGAUGCCGGACUGACCACAGACCUGGUCAAGCUCUGGAAGGAGCAGAAUCUAAGUGGAAUUCAAGCCAGGUUCGUCGCCACUGAUGGGGGGAUUACACGUGUUUACCCGAAAAGUGCUGGGGUGGAAUGGACAGAGAACCCAGAGACAUAUGAAUCAAGCUUCUACAAGAGGAGUCUGGACAAUGACAUCUACAUCUUCACUGCGCCACCUUUCAACAAAAGCGGGGAGGCUGACAUUGAUUCUGGCAUCUUGGUCAGCAAGGCUGUCGAGCUGAACAUCGAUGGGGUGAAGCUGAAGCCAGCUGUGGUCGGUGUGAAGCUUAACAUCACCGCCUGGAUGCUAAGUUUCAUGAACGCCACAAUGAAGACAAACUGCAAGGAUGAGAUCUGUGGCUGUGUGAGGAAUAGUCAGAAUGUUGACUGUGUUAUCCUCGACGAUGGUGGGUUUCUAUUGAUGUCGAAUAAAGAUGCCUAUAUCACUCAGAUCGGGCAGUUCUUCGGCGAGAUCGACCCCAACCUGAUGAAGAGCCUGGUGAACGCGUCGGUCUACUCGUACAACAAGACGUACGACUACCAGUCGGUGUGCGACCCGCAGCGGGAGAUCAAAGCGGCGGCCGGGCUUCGCUCCGUCUAUGUCCCUACAAUAGCAGAAAUACUGAAUAUUGGAUGGUGGGCUUCAGCUGCAAUGUGGUCGAUAUUGCAGCAGCUAUUUCUUAGUUUAACAUUUCCUCAGGUCCUCGAAGCAGCGGACAUGGAGGAUGACCUUACAGAUGCUCUCUCCAAGGAGAGCUGCAUAACGGAACAGACCCAGUACUUCUUUGAAAGUAAUGAGAAGUCCAUUAAAGGAAUACUGGACUGUGUAAACUGCUCCAGAAUGUACCACGGAGAAAAAAUCAUGAAUACAAACCUGCUGUUCCUCAUUGUCGAUGCCAAGGACACCUGCACGCCAUGUGACAGCAAAAAAUUGGUCCAAGCAGAGCAACCAUCCUCUGGUCCAGACCCCUGCGAAUUAGCACAGAAUCCAAGGUACAGGAAAGGACCAGACGUCUGUUUUGACAACGAUGAACGUGAUGAGCCUAUAUGCACGACGAGUCGUGGCUCUGCCUUGGCCUCGACUCCUCUCUUCAUUUUACUGCAAGUGUUCAUGUGCUUUCAAGGGAGGAUGAUAGUGACUGUGGUGGGGGGUCCAGUUUGAGCCCGUCUCUCUGGUCCACGAUGGCCGUCCAGCUGGUUCUCCUCUGGGUCCUGGCCGGGCCGAGACACUACCCGUCAUGACCUAAGAGCCCAGGGAUUGUCCACCGCUGUCCUCCCAUACAUUUCAGGAUCCUGCCAGAUUUUCUUUCUGAGAUUCUACAUUGACCGGAGGGGGAUGGAGGCUGCGUAACCACCCAGGAAGUGAGACUGAUAGUAUGUAUUCCCAAGUCUUGCUCUGUGGGCCAAGGGGACGUCUGUUAAGGAUAAACAUGGAGCGAUCUCAAGCCUACACGUGUCCUGCAGAGGCAACAGAGAGGACUGCCUUAUCCCAGAAAGGGAGAAUGGAGAUUAAACUACUUCAUUUUUGUUGUAGGUUUUUUGGUGUGCUGCAGUAUGUAAAGAAAUAAAACCACAAAAGUAAUCAAAUUGAAUUACACUGCCAGAUAUUUCAAACAGAAAUUCUGCCUCUAGCCAUUGUAUCGUGGUGUUUGUACUUAUUUGUUAGUUCUUGUUUUUACUUGAUUGUUUAUGUUGAAAGGUUUGGGAUGGCUAGUGACUGAUUUCUGUGCAGAAGUGACUCAGAAUUCUCCUGCAAGCAAAGCAGAAAAAUACAAGUAAAAAAAAAACAAUACAAGUUUUU